AUGAGGUCUGUGGCACCCGAUCUCCCACCAUCCCGCUCACACUUCUACUUGUUGCUGCCAACCAGAGUCAUCAUGCUUCGCUCUCCAAAGGGUUCGCAGCUCACAUUGGAACCAGACUCUCAGGCCCAAAAUGAGAUACAGGAGCUGGCGGUGGCCGGUGUUCUCACAGCUGAGGAGGAGGAGGAGGAGACUUCCUCCUCUUGCUCUUUCAAUUUCUCCUAUCCCUCCACCUCCUCCUCCCUGCCUUCCUCUCCUGUGAUCCCAGUUUCCAAAGAGGAGAAGGAGGUGGAGGAGGAGGAGCCUGAGAAGGAGCCCGCCACAACAUUGAGUCCUCCCCACAACCCUCAGAGCCCAUGCUUCUUCUCCGUAUCACGGAGCACAUCAGAAGGAGGCUUCAAUAGCCAAGAAGAAGAAGAUACAUGUUUCCCGCAGACCUCAAUAGACACCGAAUCUUCGCCCACAGACCCACUAGAUGAGAAGGUAGCUGAUUUAGUGAAUUUCAUGAUCCUCAAGUACCGAUUGCAGGAGCCCGUCACACAGGCAGAAAUGCUGAUGGUUAUCAUGAAAAGGUACAGGAAACAUUUCCCUGUGAUCUUUAAGAAAGCCUCUAAGUUUAUGGAGGUGAUCUUUGGCAUUGAUAUGUGGGAGGUGGACAUUUCUGUCCCCUCCUAUAUCUUUGUCAACUCACUGGACCUCACUAGUGUUGAGGUGUCUAGUGACACCCACGGCAUGCCUAAGAACGGUCUCCUGAUAAUCAUCCUGGGUGUGAUCUUCAUAGAGGGCAAUUGCAUCCCUGAGAAAGACCUCUGGGAUUUCCUGAAUAUUAUGGGAGUAUAUCGCGGGAGGGAGCAUUUCAUUUAUGGGGAGCCCGGGAAGCUCAUCACCAUAGAUUGGGUGUAUGAGAAUUACCUAGAAUACCGGCAGGUGCCUGACAGCAAUCCUCCACGCUAUGAAUUCCUGUGGGGUCCCAGGGCCCAUGCUGAAAUCACCAAGGUGAAAGUUCUAGAAUUUUUGGUUAAGAUCAAAGGGAUUGACCCCCUUUCCUUCUCAUUUUGGUAUGAGGAGGCUUUAAAAUACGAGAAAGAGAGGGCUCGGGCCAGAAUUGGAUCUGGGGAAAGCACUGCUGCUAUGUUCAUUGCACAGCAUUGA